GGCCAUACAAUUGUUCAGGCUGGAAAAGCUCUUCAGCACUUUUGCAUAGACGCCUAUUCAUCAAUAGAGUUAAAUAGGCUAGCUUUUUUGCGCUACCAUCAGCCACAACUUAGAGCUGAGGUUUAUCAAGGCUUGCAAGAUGCAAUGGCGCGAGGUGAUCUUGAUGGGGUUAAAGUGGGUCAUGUAGUGCUCCCUGGGACUUAUAUAGGUAGCCCACGAUAUAUGCAACAAUUAUAUCACGAUGCAAUGGCGGUGGUCGAGUUCUAUGGAAAUCCAGAUCUAUUUAUUACAUUUACGUGUAAUUCAUUGUGGGAAGAGAUAACAGAAGCUUUUCGUGACAUUGUUGGCCCGAAUUGUUCGGACAAACCAAUGGUGGUUUCAAGUGUUUUCCACAUAAAGUAAGCAUUCUCAUCGACGACAUGAAGAAAAACUCCUACUUUGGGAAGACAAUCGCAAGUAAGAGCAGUAUGAUCAUUUAAUAUAAUUUGGUCAGUACAAGCAAUCAAUUAAUUUUCAAUGCACAUAUUUGGAUACCUCCAUUUCUAACAAGUUUUGCUUUGCACCAGUAAUGUAUACAGUGGAGUUUCAAAAAAAAGGUUUGCCUCACAUACACUUGCUGGUUUGGUUGGCUGAAGAGAAUAAACUAAGGACAGCAGAUGAUAUUGAUGAAGUCAUCUCAGGCGAACUUCCUGAACCCCAAGAAGAUCCAGUUGGAUAUGAGGCUGUUUGCAAAUAUAUGUUACAUGGUCCAUGUGGAGAAGCAAACACAAAUGCACCGUGCAUGCGAGACAAUAAACGACCCUCAAACGGAAGAUGUUCGAAACAAUUCCCAAAAGAGUUUAACUCAGCAACGUCAUUUGACAAGUUCGGAAAUGUCAUCUACAGAAGAUCUAACUCUGGCAUAGAGGUUCAAAAGGGAAGUUCAGUCCUCGACAAUCGACAUGUUGUUCCAUACAACCGAAAUUUGUUGGUGAGGAUGCAGGCUCAUAUCAAUGUUGAGGUAUGUCAUAAAGGCAAAAUUAUUAAAUAUCUUUUCAAAUAUGUGACGAAAGGGCCGGAUAGGUCAUUAGUGAUUGCUGAAAGUGCUGAUGCACCCCAGAGCAAUGCAGAAGUGCAGCCUGUGUGACACAGAGAUGAAAUUCAACAAUUCAUUGACUGCCGAUCGUUGUCAUCUUAUGAAGCUAUAUGGAGGCUGAAUGAAUAUCCAAUACAUGUAAGAGAACCAGCAGUAGUGCGUUUGGAAGUUCAUUUGGAUGGCCAGCAAAAAAUACCUUAUAAGAAGCAGUCCAAUGUUCGGAAUAUUUUGGGGAAUCCAUACGCCGGUAAGAAGCACUUAACAGAAUGGUUUGCGCUUAAUCGAAGGGAUCCCCAAGCAAGAACUCUUACAUAUGCACAGACACCAAACAAUUACACUUGGCUACCUGACUGUAAAGAGUGGAGUCCACGCAAAAAAGGAUUUGUUAUAGGCAGAAUUGCAUAUGUUCCGCCGGGUUCUAGCGAUGUUUUUUUCCUACGAAUGCUGCUCACGAAAGUUCGCGGCGGUAUCAGUUAUGCUCAUCUGAGAACUGUCGAUGGAGAACUUUGUUCAGAUUUUGAAAAAGCUUGUGGAAAAUUGGGCCUUUUAUCAGACUCUUCAGAGUGGAUACGAGUGCUAAAUGAUAUCUCAUCUUCUAGCAUGCCAAGGGUGAUUCGAAGCACUUUCGUAUCAAUGCUUAUAUUCUGUGAAAUACCUAGCCCGAUCACAUUGUUCAAUUCUUCUUGGAAAUCUAUGUCUGAAGAUUAUGCAUAUAGUUCAGUCAAGGAUCUCAGGGAUCGAACUAUGAGGCCUAGCGACGAACGAUUACAUAACUGGGUUCUACAUCAACUACAGGCUAUGUUGAGCUCACACUCAAUGACUCUUGAGGACUUCAAUCUUCCACUUCCAUUCGAUGGUCCAUGUGAUAAUGGCGAGAAGCCACUCAUAAACGAGCAUCUAGCUUUUGAUACGGAUCAGCAACAUGCAUUAGCCACCUCUAUGUUGGAGUCUCUGAAUUUUGAGCAAACCACUGUCUAUUCAGCAGUCAUCAACUCAGUGCACAACAAGAUGGGUCGUGCUUUCUUCCUAUAUGGUCACGGAGGUACAAGGAAAACGUAUCUCUAUAAUGUAAUUACAGCAAAGCUUAGGAGUUGGGGGAAGAUAGUUGUUCUGGUUGCAUCAUCGGGGAUUGUGGCAACACUUCUUCCCAAAGCAACAACGACACAUUCAAGAUUCAAAAUCCCCCUCACUCUGGAUGCAACGUCAACAUGUCCAAUUAAACACGGUACACAUUUGGCUGAUCUGUUAAAAGAAGCAUCCUUAAUCAUAUGGGAUGAGGCGCCUAUGACACAUCGAAGAGCUUUUGAAGCUAUAGAUCGAAGUUUAUGCGAUAUAUUAAAUGUUCCACUGCAUGGGGAUCGUUACAAACCAUUUGGAGGAAAGACGGUCCUUUUUUAUGGAGAUUUUCGGCAAACUCUUCCGGUUAUCACCGAAGAUGGACGUGAACAGACUGUUGAUAGUUCAUUGACUAGGUCCAAAUUAUGGAGUUAUUUCAAAGUAAUGCAGUUGUCUACAAACAUGCGAAUUACAACCGUUCAACAUGCUGAUCAGCAUCUUAUACAUGGGUACACAUUUCCAGAAUGGGUUCUUGCUCUAGGAGAUGGGAGACUAAAAGCAACAUCAUUCAGAGAAGAUGCUCCAAUGGAUUGGAUACAAAUACCACAGCUGUUCUUAAUUGAUCCCGGAAAUGAUCCUGUUGAGUCAAUAGCAGAUGAUAAAUAUGAUUCGUUUCCUCAUAAUCAUAGGCACCCAUCAUACCUCACCACUAGAGCCAUAGUUACUCCAACCAAUGCAACUGUCUCUACAAUCAAUAAUUACAUGCUUCAACGUGUUCCAGGAAGUUUGACAACCUAUUACAGCUCAGACUCACUAUUGCUAUCGACAGAAACAGCAGAUUCAUUCGACGAAAGCUAUCCAACUGAGUUUCUCAACACUCUUACAUUCAAUGGAGUGUCAGACCAUGAGCUCACAGUAAAGGUAAACACACCAGUUAUGCUCCUACGCAACUUGAAUCCUGGUCUUGGUUUAUGCAAUGGCACGAGGAUCAUGAUUACAUCUUUGGGAGACAAUUAUAUAAAAGGCAACAUUAUGGGUGGUUCUUAUGACACUGAUGAGGUCAUUAUACCAAGAAUAGUGUUGAAUGUAGAGAACUCCAAGUGGCCCUUUAUACUCAAAAGGAGGCAAUUCCCAGUGCGAUUAUGCUAUGCAAUGACUAUAAACAAAAGCCAAGGACAAAUGCUCGAAAAAGUUGGGAUAUAUUUGCCUGAACCAGUUUUUAGCCACAGCCAACUCUAUGUGGGAGUUUCAAGAGUAAAAUCAGCGAGAGGUUUGAGGAUACUUAUAGAAAACCCAGCAGAAAUCCCCCACGACUUUACAAGAAACAUCGUCUUCACCGAAGCAUUUGCUAAUAUUAUGGAUAUCUAAACUGCAUAUCAGGUAAUCCUAAUAAACCUAUUGAAUUAAUCAAUGUCUAUAUUAGCAAAUAUGCGUAAUACAAAUGAUCGUUUCCCUUACAGAAUCGAAGGAUCUCUCAAAUGCACUCAUGUUGACAAUAAUUUAGCCGCCGCUUUCUGUGUAUUGUCAGCCUAGAAGGCUCUAAUGUUAGUAUCUUAACAGCUCAGAGAGGUGAAUAUUUUGUCUUGAUCAUGCAUCGAAUCAUAAAUGAUCAAGAACUACAUUCAUCUUUGCUUUUGGCGAUCAGUUUUACAAACAUAUCCUAUGGUUAAUAUUAUAGAUGAGAAAUCUGAGUUAUUAGAAUUGUAUCCAUCAAAAGUUUAGAUAGAAAUUCCAAUUAUGUAUAAAUUACUUUGCUUGGACCUUAAUCCACAAAUCCGCAGAUCAAUAACAAAUUGCCUUGUCUGGACCACAAUCCACAAAACUAUAGGGCAAUACAGAGUAAAUCAGUAAACAUGCAGGCCCGUUGUUCAAGCCCAUAAUACGAUUACCCAGUGCACAUCCUUUAUAGUCACAAAUGCGAUUUAAAUAGAAGCCCAUAAUACAGGCCCGUCCAAACCAAGCGAUCCUCCUUAAAACCCUAUCCUCCCUCAUCAACCAUCGACAACCGCCGUCCACAAUAUCUUCAUCAACCUUUCUUCGCCGAAGAAGACCCACCACAGAAACUACCAGACAAACAUUAAAGCAAAGGUAAGUCCACGUCUCUCUCUUCUUCACCGCUUUUACUGCUGAAACAACAUUUCUGGUCAGUUUUUGUAUUGUUCGCACAGAGACCCCACUUGGCAUGGAGAGUUUAGGCAAAAAUCGCCAGACAACAGAUGGCACUCACAUGGUCCCACCAAUAUCAAAGGUGAGAACUUCCAUUUUCGUAAAUAAAUCCUCCCAAGACUAUCGAUUCCUCUGCAAGAAAGAUAAAAAAUCCAU